AUGAUCUAUCAGGUCAGGGCCAAUCUCACUAAAGGAUAUCUCACCCCAACCCACCUUAAAUACAUAGUAUCAAUCGGUGCUUCAAUAUCUAUCCAUCUCUCUAAGCUUAUAUACUCUCAACACCUUUCCGUAAACACAUACUUCAGUAUGCUUUCCGAAGCCACUCGACCUCCAUGGCUCUACCAGAAACAUAAACUUGAGAAAUUUGUUGAAAAUCAAAACUGGAAAUUGAACAUUGUGGACCUGCGAUGCGACCGAAAUCGUUGCGAGCUUGUCGACAACAUCCUUGAGAAAAUUGCCUUGACGGAGCAGCUCAAGCCCAGCGAGUUCGAGAAGGGCCUUGCAAGAAACCACCUAGCAGUCGAUCUCCAGAAUAUCCUUCAGCGAUGGUGCGGUAUCGGGUUGAAGAAAACAAUUGAGGGAUCUGCCCUUUUGGGAGGCCCACCAACUCCUCUCACCAACCGAUGGGCUCCUCCUCUGAGUGUGGGGGGGGUCGGUCCUGUACCGAAAGUAGAAGUUACAAGUCCAGAGACAACUGUGUUUUCACCACCUUCAACGACAUUCAAUUGCAUUGGAAGUGGGGACGCCUACCAACUUCGAGCACAAAACAUAUUCCCAUCUUCGCAGCACCCUAUUUUGAGUUCCCGGCCGAGCAAAAGACAGCUCGACGGUGUUGAUCAAUACGACGAUAUCACUAAAAUGGCCAAAAUAGAUAGGACAUCAUCAUUCACUUGCCCAUAUUAUGCUCGGAACAAACAUGCCCCCGAUCAUGCAGACUGCGCAAACAAGACCUUCCCAAACCCUCGCAAAUUAAAGGAACAUGUCUGGCGGUGGCUUAAACCUUUCAAGUGCAUAAACUGCGGUGAAGGGUUUGGCCGUGAGAAGACAAGAGCUAUUCACUGCGAGCAGCGCAAAACCAAAUGCAAGACCGCCGUGUCAACAUACGAGCAAAGUGCCGAGUUCCGUCGCGAUCAGCAAAUAGAGACAGCAAAGAGUACUCAGGAGAUGAUCCGCAUAUUUGAUGAAUACGAAAAGGAAGUCAAUGACGUAAAUGCACAAAAUAUCAACAACCAGGAGAGGAGCAGCAGCUCAGAAUCAGAGGGAAGCUGCUCAAGUCCUGACAACACAUCGGAUAGCGAAAUGGAUGGUUCAGGAGGUUGUUUAAAAUACACAGCGCCAUUGCGCGUGGAACUAGAGCAAAGACCCGUUAUGGCCGUUCGACAGCGCUCAGAGAGUCUUCAUCAGGCUCACAUUUUGCGGGAGGAUUCAGACUCUACCCUCGAAGGAAGGCGAUCAAAACCAGUUUAA